AUGGAAACCGAUACACUAAACAAUAAUGCCACCGGCAUUUCACCCGAUACACCAAUAACUCGAAGUCCAUCCGAUGAUCCAUACAUGACAUCCGGAGCAGUGACAUAUACUAUCCUCUGCACAAUAUCACUAAUUCUCAUGUGUAUCCUAACAAUAAUCUACGGACGACUAAGCUACAAUCGUGUAUUCGUGUAUUUUUGCGUGUCGAUUAUCGCUUUAUUUAUACCACACACGCUUGGCGCGUGGAUAUUUGGCGCGAAUUUGGCCCGCGCACCGGAUUGGUUAUGUUGGAUUCAGGGAUUAUGGAUUAAUGCGGCGGGAAUCGGGGCAGGGUUGACGGUGUUGUUAUAUUCUUUUGAGAUUUAUAAGAGUAUUGUGCUGCAUAUCGAUAAUGAUUAUCAUUUACUAAAGAAAUAUUAUUUGGCGUUGGCUGUGCUGGUGCCUUUGUUGAUUGGGUUUAUUGGUCCGGUUAUUGUUGCCGAGAAGCCUCAUGGAGUUUUACCUGGACCAUAUUUUUGUAUUUUAUAUAGACCGAUAUUGCCAUUAGCAUUUGUCAGUAUUCAAGGAUGGAAUACAUUAUUUAGUAUUCCUGGCAUAUAUUUCUCAUUUCGUACCGUAAUAGAAGUAAUAAAAGUAAUUUACACACAAAAAGGAUUCGAUGAUAAAGCACUAGCAAAAGAAAGAAAUGGACCAAAAACAAACAGUGCCAAUACAAAUAUAUCACAUGAUAUAGAAUCAGCAUUUACAAUGCCAUAUACACCAACAACCAUGACCAGCACCGCCAAUACCUCACAAAUAAUACAAUCACCAACAACAUAUGUCAAUCACGAUACUUACGAUGCUAAUUACACAUUACCUGAUCGAACAUCCAAACUUUCCGACCGGACAAUAUCAUCGAUACCAGUCUACGUAUGCCUACGCCUCGUAUUAUUCGGAUUACUAUAUUGCGCGGUAACAAUUAGUGUCUACGGGCGAAAUUUGUAUCACUCUGUGAGACAAAAAGAAUACGAUUUCAAACCGACAUAUUUGGAAUAUGUGAUCGCCUCAUUGGGCAUCAUUAAUUUUUUGGUGUUUGGCACUUCGAGAGAAGCGGGUCGCGCGUACCUCCGCUUUAUUAUGAUUGCGAUAGAGUUGAAUUGGUUAAGAAGGUGUUUUGCAUGGAUGAGACGCGAUGAGAGUUUUGGGGAUUGGGAAAUUCAACAGGAGAAAAAACGAGCAGAGGAGAAAGCUAAACAAGAGAAAAAAUUUAAAGAGAUGCAACAGAAACAAAAACGACGAAAGAACCAACAUCAACGUGAUGAUUCGAGAGCAAAUGUGCUGAAUAAUACUAUGGAAAUUGAUGAUGACGAGACGGAUUAA